AUGAAGAGUGAAGAUCGUCUUGGAACGCCAAGAGUGCGAAUAGCAGUUCUUGGAAAUCCAAAUGUUGGCAAAUCAGCUUUAACAGUCCGUUACUUAACAAGACGUUUUAUAGGGGAAUAUCGUUCAAGAACAGAUCUCCUGUAUAGACAAACUGUAACAAUAGUCGAUCCUGCAGGAUUACAUCGAUCAGAAUUGGCCCUAGAUGUCGAAAUUGUUGAUGUCAGUUGUUCAGUUCCCGAAGAUGGAUUUCCUUUCCCGGCCGAUCAGGUUCAAUGGGCUGACGCCUGUUUGGUAGUAUAUUCAAUAACCGAUGCCAAAAGCCUCCAAUAUGCAGCACAUGCUCUUACAAGACUAAAAGAAUUACAAGGAGCACCUAGUGCGGCCCUGGUUGCCAAUAAAGCCGAUUUGGAGCACUUACGCGAGGUAUCCGAGAACGAAGGCUCAACCUUGGCAGCGCAGCACGGGGUCCCAUUCUGCGAAGUGUCUGUCGCCGACAAUUCACCCGCGCUCUACCGCGCCUUCGAGCGCGUCCUUCUCGAAUCGCGCGGACGGCCGACGAAACCGCGAAAAUUUUCCGUUUCGAAAAUGCUAGGCACCCUAAUCGGGGCAACCAACCCUUGUAAUGGACUCAGGAACCCGGUGCCCUCGGGCGGCACCGUAGUGCCCUGCAGCAAGGCCGAGUUGCACAAGUCGAGAGUUCUCAAACGCAGGCAGAAUUUCACGGCGGCCGCCUCUCUAUGA